AUGGUCGCCCUUAACCUCGCCUAUACAUCCCAAAUCAACCCCUCUGGCGCAUCGCCCGUCCUCACCCGCGCGCAAGUCUGGGCCGGCCUGCAGCGCAAAAUCCGGUUCGCGCAGGAAUUCGUGCCCGUCAUCGAGAGCUGCAAGGUGCUGAAAGACGAAGAAGGCGUCGUGACGAGAGAAGUCAAGUUCAAAGAAGGGCAGGGACCGCGCAGCGAGGCGAAGGAGGUUGUUAGGUGCUGGGCGGACGCUUGGGUCGACUUCGCGCAAGACGAUGGAACGCACAUUCGGAAUGUCGUGUCUGAUGGUCCAGCUGGCGACGACUCAGACCUGCAUAUGACGUAUAUGUUCGAGUUUCGGUUUCCACAUAUCCAGGAAGGGACUGAAGAGGCGGCGAAAGAGCACGCGAGAUUGAAAGCUAUGGCAAAGAAAGCCGUUGAAUCCAGCAUCGACACGAUCAGAGAGAUGGUCAAGGACGGGAGGAUCACAUCGUGA